AACACGCACAUGCACACACCUAGCUUCAUCUGCUGUUAAGAUUAGGCCUAGCAGAGCAGUCCCACCAAUUCCUCUCCCUUCUCUGGUGUCCUUCUUCUCCUCCGCCGAUCUCUUUCUAUGUCAAUGGAGACCGGAGACCUUGGCUCGGUGCCAUGCUCCUACGCGCAGCUGCCGGACGAUGCGGAGGCCGGUCGCACGCGCCCAGGCCGAACUGGGCCACUGUGCGCCGCGAUUCUCCUGACUUCAGCCGCGCUGCUCCUCGUUGUAGCCGCGCUCGCCGGCGUUAGGCUCGUCGGCCAGCUGCCGGCCGCCGGCGUCGUCGUGUCCGGCCACCCGAGCACGGUAGACGUGGCGCCUAGGAGCACCAGCAGCAGGGGUCCCGAGUCCGGCGUGUCAGAGAAGACGUCGGGCGCCGCAACCGUCGACAUCCACGGAGGCAUGCUUGGUGCGGACGCCGGUGGCAACGCGUUCCCGUGGAGCAAUGCCAUGCUCCAGUGGCAGCGCACCGGCUUCCACUUCCAGCCCGAGAAGAACUGGAUGAACGACCCCAACGGUCCGGUGUACUACAAGGGGUGGUACCACCUCUUCUACCAGUACAACCCGGACGGCGCUAUUUGGGGCAACAAGAUAGCGUGGGGCCACGCCGCCUCCCGCGACCUCCUCCGCUGGCGCCACCUUCCCGUAGCCAUGUCCCCCGACGAGUGGUACGACAUCAACGGGGUUUGGUCGGGCUCCGCUACCAUCCUUCCCGACGGCCGCAUCGUCAUGCUCUACACCGGCUCCACCAAUGCCUCCGUCCAGGUCCAGUGCCUCGCCUUCCCUACUGAUCCAUCUGACCCAUUGCUAAUCAACUGGACCAAGUAUGAGAACAACCCGGUGAUGUACCCGCCACCGGGCGUCGGGGCGAAGGACUUCAGGGACCCAACCACUGCAUGGUUUGAUGGUUCCGACGACACAUGGCGGCUCGUCAUCGGCUCCAAGGAUGACCGCCAUGCCGGCAUGGUCAUGACCUACAAGACCAAGAAUUUCAUUGACUACGAACUUGUCCCUGGAUUGCUUCACCGAGUGCCGGGGACGGGGAUGUGGGAGUGCAUCGACCUAUACCCGGUCGAAGGUAUGAGGGGCAUCGACAUGACGGACGCCGUGGCGGCAGCAACCACCAAUGGUGGUGACGAUGUGUUGCACGUGAUGAAGGAGAGCUCUGACGAUGACCGGCACGACUACUAUGCGUUGGGGAGGUAUGACGCGGCGAAGAACACAUGGACACCGCUAGACGUUGACGCCGAUCUCGGCAUCGGGCUGAGGUAUGACUGGGGGAAGUUCUACGCGUCCAAGACGUUCUACGAUCCGGCAAAGAAGCGGCGCGUGCUGUGGGGGUGGGUUGGUGAAACCGACUCCGAGCGCGCCGACGUUGCCAAGGGAUGGGCCUCGCUCCAGUCGACCCCUCGCACGGUGGUGCUCGACAUCAAGACAGGAAGCAACCUCCUUCAGUGGCCGGUGGAGGAGGUGGAGACGCUUCGGACCAACUCCACUGACCUUGGCGGCGUCACCAAUGACCACGGCUCUGUCUUUCCACUCAGUCUUCACCGCGCCACCCAACUAGACAUCGAGGCCACAUUCCGCCUCGACCCACUAGACAUCACCGUCACCAACGAGGCCGAUGUCGGCUACAAUUGCAGCACAAGCGGUGGCGCUGCAGGGCGGGGUAUGCUCGGCCCCUUUGGCCUCCUCGUGCUUGCCGACGCCAGGCGCCAUGGUGGUGACGCGGAGCGUACCGCCGUCUAUUUCUAUGUCGCCAGGGGCCUCGACGGCGGCUUGAACACACACUUCUGCCACGAUGAGACACGCUCAUCUCGUGCCAACGACAUUGUCAAGAGGGUCGUAGGCCAUACCGUGCCGGUACUCAAUGGCGAGGAGCUGUCCGUGAGGGUUUUGGUGGAUCAUUCGAUCGUUGAGAGCUUUGCGAUGGGUGGGAGGUUGACGGCAACAUCACGAGUGUACCCAACGGAGGCCAUCUACGCCAACGCCGGGGUGUACCUCUUCAACAAUGCCACAAGCGCCCGGGUCACCACCACCAGCCUCGUCGUCCACGAGAUGGACUCUUCCUACAACCAAGCCUACAUGGCCUCAUUGUAAAAAGAAAUUGGAAAAAAAUAUUUUUUGUUUAGAAAAAAGUGAUAGAUAACAUAUUGUACGCAUGUUUUUACACAAAGGAAGAUCUCUCGUUACUUUGUUGCUU